ACUGCUUCCUCCUGGCAGUCAUGGCGUACGACCGCUACGUGGCCAUCUGCCACCCUCUGCACUACGCGCUCAUCAUGACCCAGAAGCUGUGCGUCCAGAUGGUGGUCUGCGCCCUGGGCCUCGCCCUCUUCCUGAGCCUGCAGCUCACAUCCUUGAUCUUCACCCUGCCCUUCUGCGGGCACCGCCGGGAAAUCAACCACUUCCUCUGCGACGUGCCUCCGGUCCUGCGGCUGGCCUGCGCUGACACCCGCGUGCACCAGGCCGUCCUCUACGUGGUGGGCGUCCUCGUGCUGACCGUCCCCUUCCUGCUUGUCUGUGUCUCCUACGUGUUCAUCACCUCCGCCAUCCUGCGCAUCCGCUCUGCGG